UGCAAGUGUUAUCUUCUAAACAGCCCUGCAGGAUGCCAGUGAUGCCCCACGUUGCUUAAUCCCACUUUGCGACUCCCUGCAGUGAAGUGCUGGAGGGAACAAAGCAGCGCAGGCUUAUAUAAACCAUAGUGUGCAGCAGGCUUCACAAAGGACAGCAGAGCAGGAGAAGUUCCCUGGCUUAAGAACAAAAGAAUGGCUGUGAUAAUGUGGCCGUUGUGUCUGCUGCUGGUGGGGAGCCUAUUGCUGCAGGGUAGCUGUCAGCACUGGUCGUUUGGGCUAAGCCCAGGAGGGAAGAGAGAUUUGGAAAGUUUUACAGACAAGCUGGACAAUAUAGAGGGAUUUCCACACAUGGAUGCACCUUGCAGUGUUCUAACUUGUGCAGAGAAGUCACCCUUUGCCAGAAUCUACCGAAUGAAAGGACUUCUUGCGAGUGUUACCGACAGGGAAAAUGGACAAAGAUUAUACAAAAAAUGAUGUUUAAUUCUGGAAUAAAUUAGCAUAUCACACUUGUUUGAAU